AGAGAUGGCGACAGAAGGGGAGCCCGGCGGCCUCAUCAAAGUGGUCCAUCUUUUCCUCCUGGCCACUGCCUGGGGGAUGCAGUUGUGGGUCACCUUCAUCGCAGGGUUUGUUCUCUUCCGGGGGCUGAGCAGACACACCUUUGGCCUGGUCCAGAGCAAGCUCUUCCCCUUUUACUUCUACACCUUGCUGGGCUGCAGUUUCCUCAACCUGGCCAUCUUUGCCACCUUUCAUCCCCGGGAACUCCUCAGCACCAGUGAAACCAUCCAGAUGGGGCUGUUCUUCGUGGGCGUCCUCCUGGCUGCUGCCAACGCCUCCUGGCUGUCCCGGAGCACCACCAAGAGCAUGUUCAAGAUGCAGGCCAUUGAGCGGGAGCACGGGCUGGGGGAGGAGGUGGGGCUGUCGGCCCGCCGGGAGGAGUACCAGCGGCUGAAGGAGAAGGACGCCAAGUACCGGGGGCUGCGCCAGAAGUUCUUCACCUUCCACGGUCUCUCCUCCCUCUGCAAUCUGGCUUGCUUCCUCUGCACGGGCGUGAAUUUGGCGUUCCUGGCUCUGCGCUUGGACGGCCUGUGAGCCAGAAGGGAGGGGGCCCUGCUGGGGUCCUCUCCUCUUCCUCCACUUCUGGAUGCAGAACCUCCCAGGCACGACCCGGAGCCUUCUCUGGAAGCCCUUCUCUGCAACCUGGGUUGGCUGGCUGGGGGCCUGGAUUCCCCUGUGAGGGGUGGUCGAGAGCGAUCCAAAGGCUCUCUGGUUGUGUCCAAAUAGGCAGACUGGGCCGUGUGCCCAAAUAAAUGUCACUUGGCUUCGA